UGGAAAUUUCGUUCUCUUUUGGUACGCAACCAUGAAAGCGUUUGUUUACUUCGCGAUCUGCUGCCUCUCGAUAAAUGCAGUUGACGCCGGUCCCUCACAGUGUCACUCAUGCAUUGAAGCUGACGACGCCUCUUGCUCUGCAAACCAGAAAAACCAAACCUGUGCCUCAGAUCCACUCUCUCUGGGAACCACUCACUGUGCUUCCGUAGCAAUCUCUUAUUAUGGGAACGAGACUGACAUCCUAAAUGAUAAACUACAUGACGGCUUCAUACGAGGAUGCAUUGAUUGCGGAGAUAAAACAGCAGCCUGUUUUGCUCUUAUGGGUGCCCUAAAGGCUCAGAAGACAUGGAGCGUGCGGGAAUGUUCAAUCGAGUGUUGUACUGGUAACAACUGUAACAAGCAGACUCCAAACCUUGAUACUGGCGACAGAAAAAGAGUUUUUACACCAGAAGCUGACUGGCCCAAAAAAUGUAACUCUUGCAGUGAAAAAGACGCAGGUACUUGCGCAGCAAACGAACAGAGUCAAACCUGUGUGACAGAUCCUAAGUCACUGGGCACAGGCCAAUGUGCGUCUGUAUUGGGACAAUACCGCGACAAGGAUGGCAAAAUCCAUGAAUCUUUCUUUCGAGGAUGCCUUCAAUGCACACACGCAAAACGAGCAUGUUUCAGUUUAGGUGGUUUCUUCAAGAGGAAUGGAGGAUGGACGAUGCAACAAUGUGCAAUCGAUUGCUGCCAGACGCGAAACUGUAACACUGGGGUCCCAACAAUGACCCCAGCUGCCAUACCUGUGUUUCCAGAGACAGCUGAGUGUAAUAGCUGCUUCGAGACUGAUUCAGCUUCAUGUAAGACAAAUCAGAAGCCUCAGUUUUGCGCUACAAGUGAAGAUUCACUGGGCACGAGUCACUGCGCCUCGAUGGUUGGAUCAUUUCGAGACCAAAAUGGAAACAAAGUGAAUGGUUUUUAUCGAGGAUGUGUGGAUUGUUCAGAAAAGAAGAUAGCCUGUUCAACUAUUGGUGGCUUUAUCAAAGCAAAUAGACAAUGGUGGUUGGGUCAGUGCGAAAUCACGUGCUGCACUGGUAGCAACUGUAACACUCAUAUCCCAACGUUGUCGGACGCUACAUCAAUUCAAGUUUUUCAGCCCCCAGCAUCGGGACAAAGUCUGCAAUGUCUGUAUUGCCUCAAAGUUAACAGCGGAAGGUGUUACGACGGCAAAGUUCAAGUUUGUGCCAGAGAUCGAGAAUCACUGGGUACCAGGCAAUGUUAUUCCGCAGCGAUCAGAUAUUGGGACGAAUCGAGAUUUCAAUCUCCCUCAAUCUAUGGUGGUUACGUCCAGGGAUGUAUUGAUUCAUGCGAAGACGAAAAAGCAGCUUGUGCCUCUAUCGCUGGCUUGGUGAAAGACCGUAAACUUUGGAAGUUAACAGAAUGUAAAAUUCACUGCUGUACGGGCGACAAGUGUAACACUAAAGAAGUAUUCCUACCAUACGGCUUCAGCACCAAGCGACCAACUGAUUACUCUUCGUUGUCAACUGAGUCAACUAAAACAACUGAAGGAAGUCGCGGCAGUAGGCUCGCGUCGUUCUACGCGUCCACACUCGCGUCGUUCUACACGUUGGCAGUCGCGUUUGGUCAUAUUUUUCACCACUUAUAAAAGCAGAAGAUGAGAAAACGAAGAAAGACUGAAAGAAAAAUAGGAAAUAUAGUGAUCUAUUACUGGCUUCUUCUAUUAAUUUGGUUGUAACAAGAAAACAUCAAGCUGUUGAUCCUUUUGUUGGAAUUAUCUUCAUAAAGA